UUCACAUUUAUGGUUUUCAGUUUUGCUACUUUGGUACUGAAACUACAUUUGCAUCUUCAUUCGGAACCGUGGUCCCAGGACACUAUGCGAACGAAACGCCGACAGAUUAUGUAAUUUGUUGUCUCAAGUCUCUCAACGUACCGCAGCAGCGUUCGAUAGAAGUCGUGAUUCGUUGUCUGUAGUGGCGGACUGCGAGAGACCUGCCAUUCCUAAUCCGUGGCGCUCGCGUGUUAUCCAGCUCUACAAGCAGCGAAGCAGAUAUUGCAACCACGCCGUAACAAGCCUAACCAGUGUUCGAAAAGGUAAAACGGAGUUGGAAAUGGCGGAAGCAAAGCGAGUCGAGGAUAAUACGAAGGACUUGCUGUUCGACGGCCCAACCAGAUCGACAAUCACCAAGUUGAAAGUACGCGUUGGGGAGCAGGUUUCCCGUGGCCAAGUGUUGUUUACUUAUCGCAUUCCUAGCCAAGAUGACGAAAAAACAUCUAAACCCGAUGAUGGAAAAUUCCGCUGCCCAGAAACUGCCUUGGUUACUCAUAUCCUAAUCGGAAACGGGGAUGUCCUUACGAGCAGGAUGGUAAUGGUGAGGAUAAAGCCGGGCUGUUCCCAUGAGAUCCGCAUGAAAGAUUUGUGUGCUGCGUGCGGCGCCGACCUGCGCGGCGCCGCAAGUGGAUCCGGUAACGGCAGUCGGCAGGCAGAAUCAGCACCGGGUGUAACGAUGGUACAUAAUAUAUCGGAACUGAAAGUCAGCCAGGAGAUCGCUGAACGCCUUGGCGAGGACGACGUGCAGCACCUGAUCGCCAACCGGCGGUUGGUGUUGCUGGUCGACUUGGACCAGACCCUCAUUCAUACCACCAUCGCUGCUGUCAACAGUAAUAUGAAAGACGUCCACCACUUCCAGUUAUCGAAGGGACCUGUAAAUAAUCCCUGGUACCACAUGAAACUCCGCCCAGGCACACUCCAAUUCCUCACCGACCUGCUCCAGUAUUAUCAAUUGCACAUCUGCACUUUUGGCAACCGGAUGUACGCCCACAAGAUUGCGGAGAUUUUGGAUCCCAACCAGACACUCUUCGCCCAUCGCAUUCUGUCCCGCGAUGAGAUCGCGGAUCCACAUCUCAAAACCGCCAACAUAAAGGAUCUGUUUCCGGUGGGGGACGAUAUGGUAUGCAUCAUCGACGACCGGGAGGACGUGUGGAAUUACGCCGCCAAUCUCGUACACGUGCGGCCGUACGCCUACUUCAAGAAUACCGGCGACAUCAACGCGCCCUUUCCCAAGAACGCCGUCACCAUCGGUGCAGCACCCGAAAAAGCGGAAGCCACGAAGCACCUGUACGAGAACCGCUUUGCCGACGGCGCAGCGACUGAGACACAGGAAGACGUAGAUGAUUACCUGCUGUAUCUGCGGACCAUUCUCGUCAACAUCCACGCCGAGUAUUACCGCCGGUUUGACGAGCUAAAUCCGGCUGGCGCCGGGACGGCCAGUAGCACAAAACGUCUACCCAAAACCAAAGAGGUGAUACCGGCGCUGCGGGAGAAGGUCCUCCAGGGAUGCCGGUUGGUGUUCUCCGGAUUCUUCCCAAGCGACACGCCCUCACCGGACAGGGAUAAAGCGGAAGAUUUGGUGCGGUCAUUUGGUGCAGUAAUGCAGUCAGGCCUCUUGGAUAGAGCUAUGGAGCCAAAGAACUACACGACGCAUCUCGUUGCGGCUAGGGAUGGGACGGAAAAAGUCCACAAGGCCCGCGAAUUACACGUGCAUGUGGUCAACGCGGACUGGCUGGCCGAGUGUGUGCGGCGCUGGGAUCGUGUGGACGAGAAACUCUUUCCCCUUCACCAGGCCAGCAGUGCCGGUUUGCGUCUGCCUGUUGACCUGAACGCACCUCGCAGCGGAUACCCACAACGCCGCGACACCGCAGUGAGCCAAAGCGAGUCGAUGGGCAGUACAGGCGAUACGAAGAAGGCGAGUAACACUGCGGACAACGCCGCUGACUCUUCCAUAAAGGAGGACACAGUGGACCCGUCUCCCUCGACAAUAGAGCGGUCAGCGAGCUAUCUAUCGAGACUUUCAGCCGACGAUAUCCUCUGGAUGGAUCACGAGGUGGAAGGCGCCUUCGAUGAGGACGACGAAGAGGAAUUUAUCAGUGAACACGCGCCGGUGUUCGGUGCAGAGCGGGGCACGAAGCGGAAGCGGGACACGCUGGAUCUAGAGUCCAGCGAGGACGAGGAAGCGGAAGAGCGAAUGGCCAAACAGCUGAAACAGGAGGAUCUCAGUCUGACCAGCUCGAGUGAGGCUGAUGUGGAAUUUCGUUUCAACGCGGACGAAGACGAUAGCAAUACGUUGGGCGAGAUGGCCCGGGAGCUGGAUGAGCGGCUGGAGGAAAAGGACUGAAGGGGAGCGGGACAGGUACUUAUUUUACAGUCACUGAAAAUCGGUGUUGCUGUUGAUUAUGGCAGUGCGAUGUCACUUAAAGAACUACAAAGCACAGUGCAAAUAAAAUACUGGUUGGUUUCUUUUUUAGUUUUCCGAUAAUUGUUUUUGUUAAACUUCUCCUGCAACGCCGCUUUUAUGCUCGGAAACAACAUAAGGAGCGGGAGCGUUAAAUGGAACUUUGUAGUUGUUCUGCACUGUGUUGUAUGAGGUCAGAUUACAUCAA